AUGUCGAAGCCAUUGCGUAUUUUAGUUCCAGUCAAGCGUGUGGUUGAUUUCCAGAUCAAACCACGGGUGAACAAGACACUCACUGGGAUAGAGAAGAGUGGCAUCAAGUUUAGUAUAAACCCAUUCGAUGAUAUAGCUGUCGAAGAGACUGUGAGGAUUAAGGAGAAACAUGGUGAUCUGGUUGAGCACACGCAAGCGGUGUCUAUCGGGCCAGCUAAAGCCCAGGACAUCUUAAGAAAUUGUCUUGCCAAGGGUAUAGAUAAUGUGUCCUUGAUAGAUUGCAAGGAUCUUGAGUUGGAACCAUUGGCUGUCGCAAAAGUAUUGAAGAACAUAGUCGAAAAGCAGAACAUUAACUUGAUUAUCAUGGGUAAACAGGCCAUCGAUGACGAUUUCAACCAUACGGGUCAAAUGUUGGCAGGUCUCUUGAACUGGCCUCAGGCAACUAAUGCUGCAAAAGUUGAUAUUCUAGCUGAUGAGGGUAAAGUGAGAAUUACCCGUGAGAUAGACGGUGGUGAAGAGACCCUAAAGGCCUCACUACCACUGAUUAUAACCACUGAUCUGAGACUAAAUACUCCUAGAUACGUCGGUUUGCCAAAUCUGAUGAAAGCAAAGAAGAAACCUAUGGAAAAACUUACAUUAGAGAAAGACUUUGCUGACAUUGAUACCAAACCUAGACUAGAGAUCUUAUCAGUGAACGAGCCAAAUGCCAAAGAACCUGGUAUUACUGUUGGCUCUGUCGAUGAACUAGUCCAGAAACUAAAGGACUCAAAAGUCUUGUAA